AUGGGGUUGUCUACCACGGCAAUAUUUAUUAGAAGCCGAGUUGAUGUUCUUAUGAGGACUGAUCACUCGGUUCUCUACGUUGACAAAUCUGAGCCAGAAAUUGUUCUGAAAGCGGAAACAAUAUGGAUAGACGGCAAACCCCACGGUCCGCCUUCAAUGGUUGAAGAAACCAGUAAGGACCUCACUCGUGAGCACGAAGUUUACAAAGCUAUAUCCCCACAUCGUCAAAUAACGAAAUGCUUUGGCAUUGUUCAUGACGAUGACGGUCACGCUAUCGCAUUGAAGCUGGAACGCGCGACUAAGGGCAAUCUCCGAAACCUCAUCGAAGGAACUCCGGUACCACCUUCAAUUGAUCGUCGACUUGAAAUGGCUACCGCUGUUGCCGAGAGUAUUUCUCAUCUCCAUUCCCGAGGCGUCAUCUGGGGUGACAUUUCGACGCGAAACGUGCUCGUCUUCAGUGACGAUACCCUCAAGAUAUGCGACUUUGCCAGUUCUGCUCUCAGUCAGACUUAUCCGGAGUUCGGUCCUCACACGUACGAGCCUGCGUACUGCCCAGCUCUACCAGAAGAACGAGUCGUUGAACUUUCUAUGAUGCAACGAGAGUUAUACGCUCUUGGAUCUGCGAUCUAUGAGAUUACGGAAUGGAAAAUCCCAUAUGCAGGCAUCGAUGGUGACACUUGGGAAAUCGUCGACGCAGGUCUCGCGCCUGUCAUUGCAGGCGAGAAUAUUACUGGAGAAAUAAUUAAUAGAUGCUGGAAGUUUGGGUAUGAUUCUGCGAGUGCAAUACUGGGUGAUUUAGUAGCUCUUGCGAAGCAAGUGCCAAAGGAAUGA